AUGAAUUGUUUAUCAGUGAAUUUAAGAGGUGUUAGGUGUAAUCGGAAAUCGGAUUGGAUUCGCGGACUGAAGACUAGCUAUGGGAUUCACUUCCUGUCUAUCCAAGAAACAAAAUUACAGGACUCUGAUUUGUUUAUGUUUAGUAAGUUUUGGGGCAGAGCAGAAUUCAAGAUUGCAGUGGUCAACUCGGUUGGAAGAUCUGGGGGUCUGGCGUGCAUCUGGUGUCCAUCAGUAUUCAGGUGUGUUAAUUUAAUUCAUAACCGACACUAUAUUGUGGUUUCGGGAAGAUUGGUUCAAAAUGGGUGCUUGAUUAACUUGAUUAAUGUAUAUGCUCCAAAUGAUUCAAAUGGGAGGAGGGCAUUAUGGUUAGAACUGAUUAAUAUUCGGAAUACAAUACAAGGGCUUUGGGUGUUGAUGGGGGAUUUUAAUGAAGUACGAGACUCUAGUGAAAGAAUGAACUCAGAAUUUGUCGAAGCAAAUGCGGAGACAUUUAAUAACUUCAUUCUUUCGGCCGGCCUGAAGGAGUAUAAUAUGGAUGGGGGCAGCUUUACCUACAUAUCAGAUAACGGGACUAAACUGAGUAAAUUGGAUCGAUAUCUGGUAUGCCUUGGGUUCAAGGAAAGAUGGCCGAAUGCAGCAGUAAUUGCAUUAGAAAGGGAAGCCUCGGAUCAUCGACCGAUCGUGUUGUCGACUGUGUAA